AUGGAAUUACCAAGUAUUGCAGCUAAAAGUGAUAUAGAAGUGGAGUUCAUUAAUGAUCAAGUAGUUACUCAUUUAAUAAUAGACGAGACACUACUAAAAAAUCAUUCAACCAGAAAAAAAAAAUCUGUUGAAGUCACUGUACAUAACUCUGGAGUUUCAAUUAAAAGUAAAACCAGAAAUCAGUUAUUAGAUGAGAAUAGUUAUGAUGAAGAGUUAAAUGAAAAUGAAUCAGAUGUAACAUUGAAACCAAAAGCUUUAUUUGAAGACGGAGAUGUGCCAGGUGAACGUAUGUUUAGUUUUCAGUCCAAACAAAAUAAAACACCAUCAUGUAUAAAAAAAAACAAAACUUCACAAGAUAGCAAAAAUCUCCAAUAUCAUAACAAACAUGAUCGAAAAAUGUGUAAUAUUCCUACUGAAGGUUUUUCUGAUGAUGAAAGUGAAGUUAAAUCAAAAAAUCCUUAUAAAAAAACAACUAGAACAUCAGUUAUAUCUGAAGUCAAAAAUGAAGUAUCAGACAAUGACUCUCCAAAAGUAACUGAUAGCAAAUUUGGUUAUGAAACACCUAAAAAAUUAAAAAAAUUACAUUCUAUGAAUAGUUUUGAACACAUAUCAACAAAAACACCAAGAACUGUUCGGAAACAGAUUGCAAAAGGAAUAGCACAUCAAAAGUAUGAACAACUUAAUGAAUUUAACGAUUCAGAUUACAGUGACAGUGAUGAAAGUGACAGUGAUUCUAGUAUUCAUGCUAAUCUUAAAACUGUUCAGCCAGAGAUUUCUUUAAGAAGAUCUACUAGAAAGAAAGAAGUUCCUUUUAUAUAUAAAUCAGAUGAAUAUUUUUUAUCCAAAUCUGCUAAAUCUGUGAAAAAGUCUAAGACAUCAGACAAUACAUUGAAACUAUUGAAAAACCCCGUUUUAGACAAAGAACAGGUCGAUGAACUAUCAGGAAAUUCUUAUACUAAACAUGAUAAAAAGUUAAAGUCAAUGUACGUAGAUAUUGUGUCAAAUUUUCCGUAUUGGAUGUCUUUGCUAAGGGAAGGAUUUAAUCUACUUCUUUACGGAUUGGGUUCAAAAAGACAAAUUAUUAAUGAUUUUCGAAUGUCUGUAUUAGCGGAAGAAUCUGUAUUAGUGAUUAAUGGAUUUUUUCCAGGACUGACAAUGAAAGAAAUACUUGAAUCUAUAACAAUAGAUUUAUUAGAUCUUGAGAGUUGUCCAGGAAGUUCUGAACUCGCGAUUCAGCAAAUUGAAGAAAAACUAAAGUUAAAGACUUCUGAACAUAUUUAUAUUCUCAUUAACAAUUUGGAUGGUGUUGAAUUGCAAAACUCUAAAGCACAGCAUGUAAUUUCGAGGAUUUGUUCAUUAAAAAAAGUACACUUAAUAGCAUCUAUGGAUAGAGUAAAUUCUGCUUUAAUGUUUGAUAAUACAAAACUUGGGGACUACAAUUUUAUUUGGAUGGACUGUACCAUUUUUUUACCAUAUACAGUUGAAACUAAUUUCAUACAAUCCUUAAUGGUAAAAAACAUUGGAACACAACAUUCAUUAUCAGGAUUGAAUAAUGUUUUCAAAUCACUCCCAUCCAAUGCUAAAAGUAUCUUAUUAUUACUGAUUAAAAAUCGAAUAGAAAAUAAAAAUGAUAAAAAAUACGGAGGAGUUCCAUUCUCAACCUUGUAUCAUUGGUGCCGUCAACGGUUUCUAGCUAGUACAGAUCUAGCUUUGAGAAGUCAGUUAACUGAAUUUGUUGAUCAUGAAUUGGUAAAAUGGAAACGUGAUGCUGAUGUGCUCUAUGUUCCUGUAGAUGUCGAUAUACUCGCUCAGUUUUAUAAGCAAAAUGAAGAAGACGAUGAAUAA